CGGGCGUGCGAGCCGUAGAAUGAUUCUUGUGGGCCACUCUGUCGCGGCCCGCGGCCCGCACGCGUAGUCAACCAUGGCGGUGACCACCGCUGCGUUGUUGACGCCGCUCAAAAAUGUUGAAAUUUACAAAGUGCUACGUGGCGCCAUGGCUCUGGUGCAUUCCGGCCUUGUCCAGCGCGACGACCAAGCACGGUCAUAAACACGAGGCUGUGGACAACGUGACGACCGCCGCAGUAAGGUUCGGCGGCACCGGUUGCAGCGGCAGAAGACCAUGUCCAUAACACGUUGCCGAGCCGUUGACGCGCAAGUAGCACGCGGGCCGCCACGACCCGCCAACGCGUUACGCACGCCUGCUCAAGAUCCACUUUCGACGGUUUGAUUGGGUCGCUGUGCCACCGCCGAUUGGCCAGCGCGUGCCUCUACGACGUGUCUGCGACGCUGGCGGUUGUCUACGAAGCACAGGUGAGCGCAGUAAUAAUUGCGGCGCUGGCUCCGCGACCUGAAUCUUCUUGUGAUGCUUCGAUGUCGGCACGCGCGAAUCUGGAAUUGCCCGUGCGUCAACUUCGAACUUCGUGUAACUCACACGGCCCCAUGCAAAUCUGCAGCAAUGUGCACGUUCGAGAACUACGAAGUUUGGCCGAGAACCAAAUUGGGCCGCAUCUCGCCUUUUCAGCCAUCUCAUUGGCUACUUUUUAGCCAAUCACAAAGGCACCAUCAGUCGCAGAAGCAGCAGCGGCGCACGGAUGUUUUUAUAUUACGUGUAUUACAAUACAAACACCAAGAUAACAUAAAACGAAUGGAUUGAAUUGUGUAGCCAGGGCAGGUGCGCCCGAAAAAUCGUGUGCCGGUUUCAGAUUUCAGCCGAAGCCAAAUUGCCACAUUGAGAUUUCCCACAUCUGCAUCAGCCACCUCACAGCCCGACCAUGGACGACUACGUAGUCGACUCGGUCCUCGCGCCCGCGCUCUACGGCGACAUCCUCCUCUGCAGCGACCUCCGCGCCAAGGAGCAGGUCGUGAUCAAGAAGAUGGACCAGCGCGCCGCUGCUAGCCACCGGACGCUGGUCCGAAGCCGCCACGUGCUCGAGAACGCGACCUUUGAGAAGCACGUGAACCAGGUGCUGCGCACCGAAGGCGGCCACCGCAACGUGCUCAUUCUGCGCGACGAGUUUGUCGAAGACGGCUACGACCACUUUGUCUUUGACUACUGCAGCCAAGGCGCGCUCUUUGACGUCAUGGAGAGCGUGCCCGCCAAGACGUUCACACGCCACGAGGCCGAGAUGUACUUUGCCCAAGUACUCGCCGGCCUCAAGUUCAUCCACGCGGCUGGCUUUGCGCACCGCGACCUCUCGCUCGAGAACAUCCUUGUCGACGAACACAACGUGGCCAAGAUCUGCGACUUUGGCCUCGCUGUCGACAUCAAUGCGCGCCCGAACGAGCGCGUCGGCAAGCCCUACUACAUUGCGCCCGAAGUUUUUGACAACAUUGCACCGUACGACCCGGUCAAGGCCGAUAUCUGGUCGCUCGGUGUCGUCCUCUUCUUGCUCCUCACCGGCGUGCCUCUCUUCAACGUGCCCUCCAAGCUCGAUGAAAGCUAUGCGUACAUGAAGCGCCACGGCCUGCGACGCCUCAUCUACGUCUGGGACCUCGACGACUUUGUGCCUGAGGAAGCCCGCGACCUCCUCGAGAAGAUGCUCUGCAUCAACCCGGCCAAGCGCUGCUCGCUCCAGGACGUCUUACAGCACCCGUAUGUGCUCAAGCUCCUCUAAGCGCGCCCCGCCACCUUGUACCAUACGAUCUCUACUGCAUUCCGCCCAAGACGCUGCCCUUGCAUGCACCGGUUCCCAUCCGCUGCCAACUGCCCACAAGCCGCCAGCCCACUCCCAUGAUCGCAGUCGAAGCGACUGGAACUCCUUCCUAUCUGUCUAUUUUAAGUACGAAUUAAUUAACUAACGUAGCGUCUUUACCACUA